UUUUAGCAAGAUUUACUUCCUCGCUAGUUUUGCAUGAGUUCGCUCUUGAUAUUAUAUGGAAGCGAAACCGGCACGGCAGAAGAUGUUGCUGAAGGGCUAUGGAAGGAAGCAAGACUUCUCGACGUUCCAGCUCGUCUUCACGGCAUGGACGACUACACUAUAGAGAAUCUUCCUCAAGAAGUCGCCGUAGUUUUCGUAGUGGCUACAACUGGUCAAGGUGAAAUUCCACCGAAUAUGCGCAAUAAUUGGCGUCGUCUGCUCAAGAGAAGUUUGGGCUCUACUUGUUUACAGAAUGUGAACUUCGCCGUUUUCGGUCUGGGUGACUCUUCAUAUCAAAAAUACAACUAUGCCAGUAAGAAGGUUUAUAGGAGAUUGUUACAGUUAGGUGGCAAGAAUCUCGUUAACAUUGGAUUAGCUGAUGACCAGCAUGAGUUAGGUAUCGAUGGCGCUCUUAUUCCUUGGAAAAAGGAGUUUUGGGAUGCACUAAGAGCGAGUGGUCUUUUUGAGAACAUGAAAAAAGAGGUCGAUCCAGACAGUGUACUACCCCCGAAGUACCGCUUGAUUUUUGAAGAAGUCACCAAUGGACAUUCUUCAUCUGCUGCAGAUUCUCAAGAGUGGCAUCAAGUCACAGUCAUAGCAAAUGAACGAGUAACAUCUGACAGCCAUUUCCAGGACACUCGCUUGGUUUCUUUGAAUAUUGAUGACAUUCCGUCAAAACCGGGCUCGGAUGUAAAAUAUGAUCCCGGUGAUGUGCUUAUGGUUCAGCCUCGCAAUCAUAGCGAGUCCAUCCAAAUCGCACUGGACGCGCUGAAAUAUCCGGAUGAACUUCUGGACCGUCCCUUCCAUCUGGAGCCAUCUGAUGAGCUCAUAAAACUUCCAGCAAAAUGGCUUAUAGGAGAAAGGCCAACACUUCGGUUGUGUCUCACGCAACUAUUCGACCUGCAAAUGAUCCCCCGCAAAUCAUUUUUUCAAACUUUGGCUUCCAUUUCCACUGAUGCAGCAGAAAAGGAAAAACUACUGGAGUUCAUCACUCCAGAAAAUUUAGAUCAUUUUCUCGACUAUACGACGAGAAUGCGUCGUACGACCGCGGAAGUAUUGCGCGACUUUCCGGCAACUUCUGCUAAUAUUCCACCUGAAAGACUUUUCGACCUUUUCGUCAACAUACGUCCGCGAGCGUUCAGCAUCGCCAGUGAGCCAAUGAUGAAGCACCUGGAAAUACUCGUUGCAAAGGUAGAAUAUAAGACUCGGAUGGCAGAUCCACGAAGGGGCCUGUGCAGCACGUUCAUUGCGAGGCUCACUCCUGGUGAUAAACUGUUUGUACGAAUACGUGCAGGAACGCUAAAAUUCCCUAGAGAGGACAAGCAAGUGAUUUGCGUAGGACCUGGCACUGGAGUUGCUCCAUUCCGAAGUUAUCUUGCUUGGCGCAACAAAUCCAAAGAACCAGCUAAAUCUCUGCUUUUCUUUGGAUGUCGUGGAAAAGAAAAUGAUUUCUAUUUUGAACGAGAAUGGAAUGAGAUGCCAGCUACACAUGUUUAUGCUGCUUUCAGCCGCGAUACCGACAGAAAAAUCUAUGUACAGCAUUUGAUUUUGCAACAAGAAGAUGAAGUUUGGGAGAUUCUCGGUGAAAAUGAUGGGCAAGCGUUCGUUGCGGGAAGUUCCGGAAACAUGCCGAAGGAAGUAGGCGCUGCCAUCGACAAAAUAGCUGUGAAGCAUGGCUGGGUUGAUGGAUCAUUUCUCAGCAAACUGGAGGCUUCAGGUCGAAUGCAAUAUGAAACAUGGUCAUAAUCAUAGCUGAACUUCGUAGACAUUUAUCGUAGAGUUUCUAGAGACUUUAUUUAUUAGUAUCCAGUGAUUCUCAUUGUCAGCAGAUUUCUACAUCUAGUGAUCUUUACGUGUUCUUGAAAACGUGGUAGAUUAGUGCUGGUUCUACCACUGGUUUCUAGUUGAAAUUUGUUUGUUAGUUUUGCUAGUCGAUAUUUGUGCAUUAGAUUUUUAGUAGGUUUCAAAGGAAGUAGCCCUUGUAAUAAGAUUGUUGGCAGGAGGCAGCCCAGUCCUAUUUUUACUAUUGCUUAGCGGGUUCACUUUCAUGUGUCCAUGGUAUUGCUAUUGAUUUUCACGACUUCAAGUCCGUGACUUGGG